AUGGUUCUGAAGGCUCUCAACCUUGCACGCCUUAGCUUAUCGAAAGCCUUCACCCACGGAUCCGCGCAAUCCCUCGUCGCCGGAUACCAAUCCUCCUACGCCUCCCAGAACAACAACCCCUUCAGCUCCUUCACCAACGGCUUCGCCAACCGUUACAACAAGGGCUCCUCCCUCCAACACCACGCCGCGUUCGCCUCCCAGACACAGGGUGCUUCUGGGAAAUCCGCGCAAAAUGACCAGCUCGACUCGUUAGCGGCGUACCUCGUCGCCUGGCAUAAACAACGACUCAGCGAUCGUGAGUGGCGACAGUACCAGUUUGCUAAACGAAUCGAAUGGAAGGCUCCUGAGGAGUCCGCGGAGGAGGCGGCGGUUGCGGAAGCGGAGGCCGAUCAGGCUUUCGAAGCGUCACAAGAUGGUUCCGAAGAUGCUGCGACUCGAGGUCUCACUCGGUCAUACUCCUCGGGGGACCUCGAGAGUUGGAAGAAGGUUGGCGAUGUCAUGGAUAGCGAUGUCGCCGCCAUCGCCAAGGAGCAUGAAGAGCUCUCACAGGCGCGGAAACAACAUGCUCAGACAACCCUGCUCGACACCGAGCAGACCAGCAAGUCCGGUGUCGAGCGUCACUCAUCCAGCGAGACGUCGCUCUCCGAUGCCGUCUUCACUGUGGGCUCGGAAGAGGCUCCAUUGACGCCGACCACGCCUGUCAGCCAUUCGGAGCAAUUCGAACAUCAUCUCAUGAGGCUCGCCUCCUCGGGGAAAUGGAUGGACAUCGCCGCCGUCUUCGAGAGCAUGUUGCGGACCGGCGUGAAGCCAACCGCAACCGCUUAUAAUGCCCUGCUGCAGGCUGCCAUAAACAUCCCGGUUGGCAAACAUCAGCGCGUGCCCAAGGCGCUGGCUGUUUACUCGGACAUGCUCAAGCGUGGCGUUGCACCGACCCUGCCGAUCUACACACAGCUGAUCAACCUUCUGUCUUCCCGGACGCUCGACGUGCAGGCCAUGCGGAAAUUGUUGUUGACGAAGCAGACGCGAUACGGAGGCGAGGGAUGGUCCAUGUUCCGCUCCGACGAGACGGAGCUGGAGAUCUUGAACGAGGAUGACUCGUUGCCGUUAGCCGUGCGGAUCUUCCAGUCGGCUGUCAAGUCGUACGCCGGGCCGCUGGACGGCGAGUCAUAUCGCCUCCUCAUCUCCGCUUGCGCGAACGAGGGCAAGGUGGAUGACAUGGUUCGCGUCUACGAGCACAUGGAAAAGUUCCAAGUGACCCCCCUCGCGGACACCCACGUCAAGAUGAUCCUCGCGUUCGGCCGCUCCGGUGACCUCAAGAGCGCCGUCGAGACCUAUAACGAGUACCGCGCCCUGGCCAUCGAAAACAACAACGGCACUUUAGAUAUGUCCCGAAAGGACAGCGAUAUCUACGCCGCCGUCGUCCAGAGCUACCUCGCCUGCGGACGCAUCCCUGGCGCCGACCGAUUCAUUGACCGGAUCCAGGAGUCGCUUCCGGCGGAGCAAGUCGCCGGUCUGCGUGACGCUGUCAGCCUCCAGGCGAAAAUCCCCCAAUUACUGCAAGCGAACCGCUCAACAGACGCGUUGGAACUCGCAGAGCAAUUGAGCCCGACCGCCCGCGAUUUGGCCAUGGCGCUCGUUGCAGAGCAUGCGGCGGAUCGCGACGACCUCGACAUCGCAGUUAAGGCGUUCAAGUCGAUCGUGGAACCCGGACAAGUGCCCAAGUCGGCGAUCAUGGCGCUUGCGGCCAUGCAUGCGCGCGAGGGCAGCUUGGACGCGCACCAGUACAUGUGGGACGUCAUCAACUUCGAGCAGAUGCAGCCGUCCGUCGAGGCAGUGACGCUGCACGCGCUGUUCCUCAUGCAGCAUGGAAACAUGCAGGGCGCGUUGUCGGCCACGAGGGAGAUGUUCAAGCUCAUUCGAAACGACGCGCACGGUUCGAGCGAGGUGACGGAGCGGAUGGAUGAGUCGAUCCAUGUGCUACAUGACCUCACUAUGAAGGCGAGCGUCCUUCCGGCCGAAGCGAAGAUGGAUUUCCUGUGGCUGAUGGUUGAGAAUGGGGGAUUGAUUCGCAGUGUUGCGGAGCAUACGCUGGCAAGAAUGGGUCCGGAAGAUGUGGCGACGUUGAGCCCGAAGGAUCUUUUGUUGCUCGUUCAGAUCCAGAGCAGCAUCGUGGCAAGUAACCCUCAGGCUGCGGAUCUCGCCAGCUCGUCGCGAUUAGCCCACGCCAUCGAUCAAGCUGCCGUUCGAGGUGUCGUCUUUGAUGAACGCACCCUCAAGCUGAUCGAGGAGGCCCUGACGAAGACCAAGAGCGUGGAAAUCUCUCAGGCACUACAGAGUUUCCGCUUCCCCGUGGCUCCCGUGGUCGCCCCCACGCCGCAACACGCGUUUGCCCAGGCCUACCAAGCGCCGUUCGAAGACAGCUUCGACCCCUACGGCAAGACGACCGACAACAAAGGCUCCGUGGCCAUCACCGAACUUCUCGAGAAGACGUACGGCAAAUCGUCCAGCCACUUCAACGAGGCGCUCCAGAAGUUCCGCAAUAUGCGCCGCGCCGGUCGCCAUCCGCGCUACUUCACUUACGCCAAGCUGAUCGCCGCCGCAGCGAAGGAACAUCGGUUCACGGACGCGCAGGAGAUCCUGGCGACCGCGUAUCAGGACCUCCCGCCGAUGCCGCAGUAUCGCAUCGUGAAGCAUGGAUGGGCUACGAUUCUGGAUUCUAUGGUCGCGGCGUGUCUGACUACUGGAAGACGCCACCUUGCGGGCGACUAUCACCGUCAAUUGUUGGAGAUGGGCGCCACGCCCUCAGCCAACACCUUCGGACUGUACAUCACGACGCUCAAGGAAGGCGCUAAAACGUUCGACGAAGCAUCGGAGGCCGUUCGCAUCUUCUUGCAAUCCAAGACUGAAGGUGUUGAGCCUAGCUCAUUCCUGUACAACGCGCUCAUCGGUAAGCUCGGAAAAGCGCGCCGCAUCGACGACUGUCUGUUCUACUUCACGGAGAUGCGCAGCCUUGGGAUCCGCCCCACCAGCGUCACCUACGGCACCAUCGUCAACGCCCUCUGCCGCGUGUCCGACGAGAAGUUCGCCGAGGAACUCUUCGAAGAGAUGGAAUCCAUGCCGAACUACAAACCGCGCCCCGCGCCCUACCACUCCCUCAUGCAAUUCUUCCUCACCACCAAGCGCGACCGCUCCAAAGUCCUCGCCUACUACGAGCGCAUGCGCGCCCACCGCAUUGAACCCACUUCCCACACCUUCAAACUCCUCAUCGACACCCACGCCACCCUCGACCCCGUAGACCUCCCCGCCGCCGAGCGCGUCCUCGACGAACUCCACGCCUCCCCUCUCGCCGCGGAACCCGUCCACUACGCCUCCCUCAUCCACGCCAACGGCUGCGUCCUGCACGACCUACCUGCCGCCCGUGCCCUCUUUGACCGCGUCCUCGCCGACCGCCUGGCCGCCCCGUCCCCGUGCCUCUACCAGGCGCUCUUCGAAUCCAUGGUCGCCAACCACGCCAUCGCGCCGGAAACCGUCGACGCGCUGCUGGACGACAUGGCGCUACGUCGCGUCGAGUUGACGCCGUAUAUCGCCAACAGCUUGAUCCAUGGCUGGGCGGUGGCGGGCGAGGUGGACCGCGCGAAGAAGGUGUAUGAGAACGUGCCGCGGGGCCGGAGGGAGCCGAGUACGUAUGAGGCCAUGACGAGAGCGUUUAUGGCGGCGGAGCGGAGGGAGGAGGCUAGGGGAGUGGUGGAGGAAGCGGUUGGGAGGGGUUAUCCUGCGGCGGUGGCCGGGAAGAUUGCGGAUUUGGUGGGUGCGUAA